GAGGCGGAAGUGGCCCCUGGACUGCCGCUGACCAGGCCCUCCUGGGCCACCUGUCGUGUCUGUGGAAGCCCUGGAGGCACCGGGGCGACUUCCGGGGGCUCCCCUUGUUUUGCAGCUGGGUGGGGGCUGCGAGCUCGCCAUGAUGUGCGACAUCAUCUAUGCCGGGGAGAAAGCCCAGUUCGGGCAGCCGGAAAUCCUGCUGGGCACCAUCCCAGGCGCAGGGGGCACCCAGAGGCUGACCCGCGCGGUCGGGAAGUCGCUGGCCAUGGAGAUGGUCCUCACCGGUGACCGGAUCUCUGCCCAGGACGCCAAGCAGGCAGGCCUGGUGAGCCGCAUCUUCCCUGUGGAGACGCUGGUGGAAGAAGCCGUCCGCUGCGCAGAUAAGAUCGCCAGUAACUCGAAGAUCGUCGCGGCCAUGGCCAAGGAGUCCGUGAACGCAGCUUUUGAGAUGACCUUGACGGAGGGAAACAAGCUGGAGAAGAAGCUCUUCUACUCGACCUUCGCCACCGAGGACCGCAGGGAGGGCAUGACGGCCUUCGUGGAGAAGAGGAAGGCCCGCUUCAGGGACCAGUAGGGCCGCCUGCUCCCCGGAGUCGCCUCGCCAGGCGCCGACUGCCACCCCGUCAGCUCGGGCCGGACCUUCUGCCACCUUGGUGCACUGGCAGCAGGGCGCCCUGGGGCCGGGCUGUGGGCCAUAAACGCCGCCUCCCCGCC